GGAAAGGGAGUCAAUAGCCUGGACGCUACUUGAUGUUGUAGAUGUAGUGGGGUACUGCAAAAGUUAGAAGAUGGAAAGUGAUAACACGACAACGAGGACACCUUAUUUAGGCCAAUACGCUUGGGAUGUUGAUAAGUAUCAAUACAAUUUCCCUAUCGAACAUUGGAAUUUAUGCAAAAUCUUCAUGGUACUUAACAAAACCAAAUACCCUGAAACUCGUUUGGUUCAACUAACAGAAGCUUUUUUCAAGAAGGGUGUUUACAACCAAAACUGUGAUCCCAAGACUGAUCGUAUUGUGGCUGCUCUAUCCAUCCCCGUGGUUGAACAUCUGCUGAGUUACAAACCUGGGUACAUUCACCACCCUUUCUCAAACAAAGAUUAUGAGAAUCCAUCAGGACCCACAAACAAAGUCGUCAUACCGCCUGCUUCGGAUAAACUAUCUGCUAAAGCUGUACGUGAAAACCAGUCCAAGUCAGGAACUACUAGGAAUGCUACGCGAGGGGAGAAUUUAAAAACUUCAAAAUCCAUACCCUCGCUCCAAACCAAGUCCACUGAACAAGAAAAUCAAGUCUCGAGAAAACGAGUUGCUACUGAUCCAGAAGAAGUUGAACAAAAGAGAGCUUUUGAUCAGAAAACGUCACAGCCCAAGCAGACGCGUACAAUACCUAAAAGAAAUCCAAGCUCUGACAAAUCGAAUGAAUAUUACAAGAUAUUCAAAGCCUUGGAUAUUGAUUCCAUGAAAAAUUUGUUGAUAGGCUUUGUUGUUGUCCGAGGUGUAACAAAAGAUAGCACUUUAUGCAACGACAAAGAUGUUUUGGAAUAUUCCUUCAAGUAUUCCAAAUUCGGUCCAUGUUCGUGGAUUGAAAGUAAAAACAACACUAACCAAGGAAUUGUAGGAGUAAAGCUUCAGUGGAGAGACAAUGUUUUAGCAGAAGCGGAAGGUCAGAAUCCAGAGUUUGUGAAGACUAAGUUGGCUGGGCGAGCGCUCGCUGCCUUAGAGGAGUUUUCUCCUGUAAUAAAGGCCGAUGAAAAGUACUAUAACAAUGGGAAAUGCAGAGAAUUACCUCCGGAAUCACCAAAUGGACCUUGCUGGCAUUACACAAGUAUCUACACCUUCAACGUACUGAAAGGAAUAAUUAAUACCUUCUCUUCGCUAAAGGAUUAUUCUGAAAUAAUAGUUCUGCAUUUCCCAGAGGACGCCAGUGAAUUUUACAUGCAAGACAUUAUUCAAUUUAUUGAGAACGAGAGAGCCGACAAGUUGCAAUAUCGGUUAGCCGAGUUUUACUACCAAGGAUAUCCUCACUCUGCUAUAUGUUUCUCUUACAAGCACAAUACACUGGACUUUUACCGGUGGCUUGAUAAGAGGAAAGACCAGCGGUAUUCAGUGAGAUUCAAGAGAACUCAUGAAGAUGAAUUCAAGAAACGAGCAGACAUUCCGAUACCAAAAGAGACUGCAGAUAUUGCAAACGGAGAUAAAAUCCAAGGCAAACCAAAUACAAAUAAUGACGUCAAAACAAACGUAGGCGCAAGAAGCAAUCUCCACUCCAGUGCAACAAACUCCUUAUCUAACAAUCAAUCAGUAUCCAGCGGAAGUUGUCUGGACACAGCCAAACCAAAACUACCAACUGCCUUGCCUUCACUUAACGUCAAUUCUACAAAAAACACAAGAGAUGGUUUAUCUUGGAUGGGGAAGGAACACCUCUCGCAGUUGGCAAAGUCAAUCUACCUAGUCAAGAUGAUAAAAGAAGACAGCACCACUGAAACCAACCCUUUCAAUCUGCUCAGGACUACAUGCUCUUUGGCUUACAAUAUUGAUUUUAAAUAUAUCAUGAAACCUUGUGAAGGUGGUUCGUGGAAAGUGUUAGUGGUGUUGGUUUCCGAAGCAGGCAAUAUUCUGGUAGGUGAGGCUACAUCAACAAACUGCGCUGAGGCUAGACAGGCUGCUUCAACAGAUGCAGUCAACACCAUCCAAUCUUGCUGUAGGCUCGUUGAGCCAAACUUCAAUUACUUCGCAGAAGGAGGAGUACCUACAUUCAUCUCCCUCAGACAUCCAACAAAAACACGAACUUAUGAAAUAAUGAACAUGGACACAAACAAGAAUCCAUUGAAUGAACAGGUUGUCGGAAUACUACUGAGGAUGUUCGUGGAGGAUAAGGGAACUGAAGAUAUAUUUUUCCUGGCUUCCGACUUUACCAAUCAUGAAAGGGAGUGUAUUCGCAAGAUGACAAAGGAGUUUGACCUCGGCUGGCGUCUGUUUGGUAUGCGUGAUAAAUCUGCGGCUCCAGGAGAAGUGUCCAAUCAGCAUCUGUGUGUGUUUCGACUUAAAAGGCCUGUGGAACUGGUAACACAGCUGAUUGCCAGUGGAGGAUCUACAGACAAGUAUUCCAUCGUCACCAGAGUCAACACCAUCAUUCCUCAGCCAGAGAGCCCACCAGAAGAAGUGCCAACAACUGCUCAGCCCAAGGAAGUCUGUGAUAGUGAGAGUUUUUUGGGAGGCUGCAUCGACCCCAAGUGCUCUCUAGAUCAUAUCAACAUCUUGGACUACAUUGUCAAUAAGUACUUGGAGAUCCGUUAACUUUGUGACUAAAGAGAAACUGUGAACUGUAACUUGUAACUUUGUGAAGACUGAUAAACUAAACGUUAAAACAGUUAUAGUUGACUUCAACACUUAAAAAUGUCUGCCACACAAACAGUUAGCGGUUCAAACUUUUGAUUUAGUUUGUUAGUCCAAAACUUAAUUGAGUUUUCAACUUAAUUUAAAUUUGUCUUCGAAUUACUCACUGGAUAAGUCCUAUAAUAGGACAGGACAUAGUAAAAAUUUUAAUUUGCAACUUUUUAUUGUGUAUUUAUUAGCCCUUAGUUUCUGUAUAUAUUUAAGCAACUAUUGUAAAAAUAAU